AUGGGAGUCCCACGCAAGGAACCUGCCGAAUUUCGGCCAAUUCGUGUCGAAGACACGGAUGAAUACAAUAAUUAUGCAAACUAUGAUCUCGCCGAGUCCGCCGACGAGAUGAAUGACUUGGCUCGUCGGAUCUCCGUCGAGCAGCUCCAUCCGAUCCGCAACAAAAAUGCGAAGAAAAUGAAAAUGGCUCAAAAAACCCAUCGAUUCGAUGAAAUCGAUACGGAUGGAGUGAAUGUCAAGAGGAAUAUGGGAAUGAGAAAGUGGAGAAGAGUGGAGCAUGCCAGAAUCAUGCUCACCUUCACUGAUCUCGAGGACAUCUGUGAGGAUGGCUCGGAUAUCGCCUCCCAGCCAACGACUGCAUUCGACAAGCUUUUUGCCGACAAGGAGAACAUGAAACUCUGGAACGAGUUCUGCUCGAGAGACGAAGUCGAGCAACGUCGAAUCCUCAAUGGGACGUCGUCUCUCCAGAAGCCGUCGGUCGUCGACACGCCAACGACUUCAAAAGGAACUCCGGCGACUUCGUGCAGCGGGAAAAGUCCCACCAAGAAGCCGGCGAAGCGCUUCUCUCCGUAUUCUGGAGCUGCGUGCUUCGAUCGUAUCGACUACAAGAGUCGGAUGGCUCUUCUCGGUCGGAAGGUCAAUUGGGCCUUCGUUGAUUUCCUGGAGAAGGAGCUGCGAAACGUCUUCCGGAUCGAUGCUCGGAAUCAACAGGAUACGGAGGCCGUCUUCAUCGGCCACUAUCCGGCAUCGUCGGAUCGAUUGUUGGCUCAUAUUGUGGCUCAAUGGCUCGGGUUGAGCUCUCAGAGCAUAACGGAUCCGUCUCUCAAAGAGCGUAUAACGGAAAUCCGUAACCGUCGCCCACUCAUCCCUCCUCAAACGACGCUCAUCGCUCAUUUAGAGGGUCGGGUGCUGAAACGGGACAUCGAUUUCGUCCCGUUUUCGAUGCGAGACGAGAAGCAAGAAGUCGAAGAAGAAAACGAAGAGAACGAGGAGGAGCAGAAGGAUUCAGAUCCUGAUAUGUCAUUCCUCGUCGACGAGCUCGACGAACUCAACAUCUCGUCGGACUCCGGUUCGGAGGAAUCGUGGGAGAAGAUCUCCAAGCCGGCGGAGGAUCCGGAUGCCUAG